GCUGAUUGCCACUAGGGAAGGAUCUCUGGUUGGAGAUCCCUCAUUGUGGAGUCUUUUCUGCAAGCUGAGCUCUUCAGGGAUGAGAGGAUGUUUCCCAGCUACAAGGUCAAGGUGACUGGAAUGAAUCCCAAGACCAAGUACAUUCUGUUGAUUGACAUCGUCCCGGCUGAUGACCACCGGUACAAAUUCUGCGACAAUAAAUGGAUGGUGGCUGGGAAGGCAGAGCCGGCCAUGCCGGGCCGGCUGUAUGUGCAUCCUGACUCACCUGCCACUGGAGCACACUGGAUGAGGCAGCUUGUGUCCUUCCAGAAGCUGAAGCUCACCAACAACCACCUGGAUCCCUUCGGGCAUAUUAUCCUCAAUUCAAUGCACAAAUACCAGCCACGGCUGCACAUUGUGAAGGCAGAUGAGAACAACGCUUUUGGCUCGAAGAACACGGCAUUCUGCACCCACGUGUUUCCAGAGACGUCCUUUAUCUCGGUGACCUCCUACCAGAACCACAAGAUAACUCAGCUGAAAAUUGAGAACAACCCCUUUGCGAAGGGAUUCAGGGGAAGCGACGACAGCGACCUGCGCGUGGCACGGCUCCAAAGCAAAGAAUACCCAGUGAUUUCCAAAAGCAUCAUGAGGCAGAGGUUGGUGUCCAGCCAUGGCCAGCUCUCCACCAAGCCAGAUGUUAACCCACUCCAUGGCAGUCACCAGACCCUCCAACACUACCAGUACGAGAACGGUGCUCACAUGCAGUUCGCAGCCUCAGAUACUCAAGAUCUGUCACUCAACACCUUCACAGCACAGAGAGAUUCAGGGCUCUUCUAUCACUGCCUGAAGAGAAGAGAAAGCGCGCGGCACCUGGACCUGCCCUGCAAGCGUUCCUACCUGGAGGCCUCCUCGUCAGUGGGUGAUGAUCACUACUUCCGCUCCCCACCACCCUACGAGCAACAGAUGCUGAGCCCGUCCUACUGCAGCGAGGUGGCCCCACGGGAAGCCUGCAUGUACUCUGGGUCAGGGGCUGAGAUCGCAGGCGUGCCGGCGGUGGAUGACUUGCCGCCUCCGCCUCCCCCGCUGAGCUGCAAUAUGUGGACUUCAGUCGCACCUUACACCAGCUACAGUGUUCAGACAAUGGAAACUGUGCCCUACCAGCCCUUUCCAGCCCAUUUCACAGCCACCACCAUGAUGCCGCGGCUCCCGUCCAUCGCGGGGCAGGGCUCACAGCCCCCGGGGAACAGCCACUUCAGUGUCUACAACCAGCUGGCCCAGUCUCAGGUUCGGGAGCGCGUCCCCCCAUCGUCUUUCCCAAGGGAAAGGGUGCACCCGUCCGUGUGUGAGAGGAAGCCGCCUUCCCCACACCUCAACGCUGCCAAUGAGUUCCUCUACUCCCAAAGCUUCUCCUUGUCGCGGGAGUCCUCGCUGCAGUACCAUUCAGGAAUGGGGACGGUGGAGAACUGGACGGACGGGUGACUCCGCGGGCCCAGCGGUGCCGCAGCUUGCGUUACUGCUCCAGGACGGUGCUAAGGCAGCGUUAUACCUGUGGGUAACUUGCACUUGGGUGAGAUGAGCAUGCAUUUCCCAGGGGCGCGUGCGUGCGGGGAGAGCCCAUCUCGGGCACACUGAGAAUUCCGACUCCUGGAUCCAUCAGCCUCUGACUCACUUCCGAAUGAAUUAAUUCUCACAUCUUCAUUACCGAUCUGAUAGAAACCAUCUUCUGGACUAACGAGUGAAGUCGUCUGUCAUUCACUUUUGCCUGUAACAGUAAACAUCCAUGAGCAAAUUUUGGCUUUUUGGGAAAAACACGAGCUUCAUUUGUAUGGUACUCGGUUGGCAAAGUUACAGAACCCCCCAAACCAAAGAAGAAGCGAUCCGUUGGGCUGUGUAGCUCCAGGACUGCUGUAGCAGCACGUGUUAGGCUCUGUCCACCUGCAGGAAUUUCCUUUCCCCUGAUGCCAGUGGUGAGGUGCCAGUCCAGACCUUCCCAGCACAGCGCAGAGAGGAGAAGCACCAGUGCUCAAAUGUCCCUUCAUCCCCCAUCGAUCAUGGCUGUGGGAGACUGAGAAGUGAAGCGUUACGCCCCGGGCCAAACAGCAAAUUAAUUGCAGCAUUAGGAACAUACCCAGUGUCUUCAGACUCUGUUGAUCAAAUCACACUUGCUUAUUGCAAUAUAUUUAUGAAAUUUAAGCUUAAAAGUCGCUAAUACUUUCCAGAAAGGGUUUCUGUAUUUGCUGGUCCUUCAUUUCUUUUGCAUUCAGCUGAAAUGUGCUUUUUGUGCUAUGUCUUUUUUUUUUUUUUUUUUUUGCAGCUAGCUUGGGAAGAAUUGUUUUCGGCAUAAAGAAGGCAUGGAGAAGCGGUCUUUAAUUGUGGGGUGGGAGCAGAAGGAGUUCCCAUUGCCUGUCAGGCUUUACAGUGUACAACUAUUUGUAAAGCAGGUAAAAAUCCAUGACCAAUGUAUAGGUUGCUACCACUGCUUACCGUGGAAGUAUCUUGAGCUGACUCAGUCCGUGCUGACUUUGCUUACAGAGUGCCCCCAGGAGGCACUGAGAAUCGCUGAGCCGACUCAUGUGGGAGGAAGCUGUGCUCCUUACUGAACAAAUCUCUCUCUGAUCUCACCUGAAAAGCCCUGCAGCAGGGACUGUGCCCUCCUCCGUGCUGCUGAGCGGUGGCGCUGGGAGCUUUUUCCAUUAAAGAGCGCAGUACUGAAGCUUCAGUUGUGAUCAGAGGGUUGGGUUUGUGCUUCCACCCCUUGCUUCCCAACUGGGUGAAGGCAAAAGGCUGAAAUACACACUUAGAAGUCAGGAGGCACUUCUGCAUUUGGAUGAAUCCAUUCCAACGAAGAGAGGCUGAUGAUCGAGGGCAGCUGCUCGCAGCGGGGCAGCCCUGAGGCCACCAUGGAGGGCACGCUCCCACCUGGACAACCUACACACAUGCAGCAGACGGUGUG